CUCUUCACCCCAAAGCUCUGGGUGGUUGUGUGGUUGGUCGGCUAAGCGUGGGGAAGGACAGAGUUUCUCUCUUUGCCAGAGCAGUGCAUCACCAGGCCUCUCAGAGGUGGACCAUAUCUGAGCUGGGGCCCGAUGCAGAACGGGGAGGCUAUGAGCCUGCAGGACUCCAAGGCAGCAGGGGCCGAAGUCAUGGAGGAGCAGAAGGCCCAGAACCAGAGCCAGAAUCACGGGUGUGCGGAGCCCUCAGCGCCGCCACUUCCUCCUCCUUCACCACCACCACCAGGGCCACCCGAAUACCCAAGGCCAAGGCUCAUCUUCCACACCCAGCUGGCUCAUGGGAGUCCCACAGGCCGCAUCCACGGAUUCACUAACGUCAAGGAGCUGUAUGCCAAGAUCGCUGAAGUGUUCAACAUCUCCCCCUCAGAGAUCCUUUUCUGCACCCUCAACUCUCAUAAAGUGGACAUGCAGAAGCUACUGGGGGGGCAGAUCGGACUGGAAGACUUCAUCUUCGCUCAUGUCAGAGGGGAGACCAAGGAGGUGGAGGUGACAAAGACAGAAGACGCAUUGGGCCUCACGAUCACAGACAACGGAGCUGGAUAUGCUUUCAUCAAGAGGAUAAAGGAAGGCAGCACCAUAGACCGGCUGAAGACAGUAUGUGUUGGUGACCACAUCGAGGCCAUCAAUGACCAGAGCAUUGUAGGCUGUAGACACUAUGAGGUGGCUAAGAUGCUAAAAGAGCAAGCGAGAGGCAUACCCUUCACUCUGCGCUUGGUGGGGCCCAACAAGGCCUUUGACAUGAUUGGAAUGAGGACCAGAGCGCCAAAAUCUACUGAGGGCAAGAUGGUGAACGGGAGGGAGACGCUGCGUCUUCGCUCAAAGGGUGCUGCUACAGUUCAGGAAGUGCAGAAUGAGUUUGAAGAACAGGCCACCAAGAAAGUGGACGACCUGUUGGAGAGCUACAUGGGCAUCCGGGAUUUGGAGCUGGCCACCACCAUUGUGGAAGCAGGCAAAGACAAGAAGAACCCUGAUGACUUUGCAGAGGCUUUGGAUUCAGUUCUGGGAGAUUUUGCUUUCCCUGAUGUGUUUUUGUUUGAUGUAUGGGGAGCUAUUGGAGACGUCAAGAACGGUAAAAUGUAG